AUGUCCCUUACAUUGGUGGUCAGUGGGAAGAAUGUCCCUUACAUUGGUGGUCAGUGGGAAGAAUGUCCCUUACAUUGGGGGUCAGUGGGAAGAAUGUCCCUUACAUUGGGGGUCAGUGGGAAGAAUGCCCCUUACAUUGGUGGUCAGUGGGAAGAAUGUCCCUUACAUUGGGGGUCAGUGGGAAGAAUGUUUCUUACAUUGGGUGGUCAGUGGGAAGAAUGUCCCUUACAUUGGUGGUCAGUGGGAAGAAUGUCCCUUACAUUGGGGGUCAGUGGGAAGAAUGUCCCUUACAUUGGUGGUCAGUGGGAAGAAUGUCCCUUACAUUGGGGUCAGUGGGAAGAAUGUCCCUUACAUUGGGGGUCAGUGGGAAGAAUGUCCCUUACAUUGGGGGUCAGUGGGAAGAAUGUCCCUUACAUUGGGGGUCAGUGGGAAGAAUGUCCCUUACAUUGGGGGUCAGUGGGAAGAAUGUCCCUUACAUUGGGGGGUCAGUGGGAAGAAUGUCCCUCACAUUGGGGGUCAGUGGGAGGAAUGUCCCUUACAUUGGGGUCAGUGGGGAGAAAUGAACCUCUCGUGGUC